CCAAACUUGCGCCAGACCCCCUCAAUUGCUUUGCCGCGGUCGCAAUCACCCGUGUGACCUCGUGAAGAUGGCGUACAUGUCCAUGUCCCUCCAUGCGGUCAACCACCGCCUGACCAAUGUGCCUGUCAAGCACCUCCCGCAUUUCGCAUCAUCCAUCGCAACCUCGAUCAGCAAUUGCGGGGAGCUGCUGUCGACUCCCCAGAGCCAGAAGGCUGGCAAGGCGGACUCGGACAAUGCCGUCCAGGUCCAUAAGCUUAUGACUCGUCUGGGCAGCUUGCUGCAAGACAGGACGUAUGAAGGCCGCUGGACCGCUAUCGUCUUGGUCAAGGCUCUCGUCGAGGCCGGCCAGUGGGAGAUCCUGCGCGGUUGCGAACCGUUUGUGCGCGGUUUGAUCAGCAUCCUGGCUAAAUCCGACCCCGUCUCUACGAAGAAAAUGUGCAUCAUCACAUUGGCCCGCAUCUUUCACCUCACCUACCAGUACCCGACCCUUGUCCGCGAGAUCACAACCCCGGCUCUACCAGGUUUUAUCACCGCUGCGCUGAACCUGAUCUCCGUCAAGCCAUCCUCUGAGCCUAUCCGGAGGCUGAAGCCCAAUACUCCCUUCGUGGAGGUCGUGCUUCAGGCAUUUGGCGAGCUGAUCGCAAGGCAUCCGACCAUCUUCCGGCCUUUCACGUCGCAAAUCCACAGUAUCCUCCAGACCAUCAUCGGCUCUACGUCGCCCACAUUCCCUGAACCGGUAUUGGACAUCGCCCAGAAGCUAUUCAUUUCCCUCCACAAUUGCGCCCCGAAGAACACGGGUGGUGAAGAAUGGAAGAGCGCUUGUCGCAUGACGAUCACCUCUGUUCAUGCGGCAUCGUCUUACGUCCUGCGAGCUAUUCUGGAACAAUGGGAAUCCGUUGACCCGUCUCUGCGCCAGAUGUCGCAACCGCAAAACUACAGCCAGGAAGUGGGUAAUGGGCCUGACGCUUUGGGACUCAGUAGCUGGCAGGGUCUGAAUGCUGGUGUCAACCGGCUGGUUGUGCUCUUGCGCAUGCUCUCCGGAUUCGUGGGCACUGCUACUGCUUCCACCGUGACCAUUCCAGUGGGAGCAAUCCUGGAUCUGACGGCUCGCUUGAACAUGGUGACCGUUCCCUCCGGGGAUAGCGACAUCCAAGCCAACCCGCAAAUUGGUCGAGCAGAAAGAGAACAUCUGCUUACCGAGCUCCCUCGCAUCCACGUUGCCUGCAUAAAGCUCCUGCUGCACCUGGUCAACGCCCUGGAAACCAGCGCCAUCUCCGUCGCCCAGACCAUCCUCGAGCAGGCGCUGUGGAUCUUCCGUGCCGAGAAGUUCAACCGGGAGGUCCGCACUGCAGUGUAUGACCUGGUUUCUGUCUUGCUCACCCAGAUCGGCCCAUCCAUGACCAAGCAAAGUGUAUCUUCUCUGACCGGUAUCAUCCGCACUUCCUGCCAUGACCUCUUGCCUCCUACCGGCAACCAGGCUGCGGCCGUCGACAAGCCGGACCCGAAGUCGAAGAACAAGUCGAACCAGACCACCGUGAACGCCGACUCCUUCCUGAACCCCGGACUGAAACAAGUCCGUCAAACCAGCUCCUCCUCGUCCUUCCCCUGCCUCAAGCGCGCUGCAUCCGAGCUCCUCGUCGCUGCGCUGGCGCACGCGCCGACCGAGUUCAUCUCCCCUGCUCUCCGUGCGGAAAUCGACCGAACCAUCAUCCUGACCUCCGACAAGAACGCCAUGCUGUCCAGCGUCCUCAACCCCUUCCCCGCCAUGCAAGGCCGUGGCGUGGGCACCAGCAUCCUACCAUUCCUGGCUCGCAGCUACCCCGCCGAAACAGAAGUGGAAUGCCUCAUCCGCCCACGCAUGCCCGUGCUGAUGAACGCCCCCGCAACCAACGGCUUCGCCCCCAUCGACGAAGACGAGGACGACGAAGUCGAAACAGCCACCGCACCACAACCCGCCCCCGCAGCCAGCGGAUUCCUCAAGAACACCCCCACGCCCAGUCUACACCACGACAUGAUGGACGUGGAAGUGACCCCCCGGCCCACCCUCCAAAGCAAACGCAGCUACACCGAAGACGUCGAAGCCCCAGCCUCAGCCCCAGCCCCGGCCCCGGCAGCACCCACCUUCCCUAGCCCCGGCUCACAAAGCAAAAAGGCCCGUUUCGAACCCGAAACAGCCCCCCAGCCCGCCUUGGACGCCGCAUCCCCCGCUACCUUCACCGGCACGGCCGCUAUCUCCGUCCCGUCAUCAUCGAUCGCUGGUCCGACCCCCGUGGCGACAUCGAAACCUACCAUCUCAAGCGCAAAGCAACCAUCCGCCCUCCAGUCGACAUCUACCACCGAAGCUGCAGAGGAUGACAGCGACGAUGAGAUGCCGUCUUUGAACAUCGAUCCUGAUACGGAUGAUGAGGAAGACGACGAGUAAGCGCUUGAGUUCUCUGUAGCAGCAGCAGCAAAAAAAUAUGGAUUCCGAUACUUUUUCCGUGACGGCUCACGUCGAUUAAUGCCACGAAAUUCAUGUAUUAUAUGACCUGGAUGGUUUCAUGUGCACAAGCAUCUAGGUGUCUUUUACAAAAGCGUCAAAAACAAUUGAUAUCCACAAGUCAUGGAAAUUAUUACAUGAUGGACUGGUCCAUUAAGGACAUCUGUAACAGCUUCUCCACAAGCAAAGCAAUCUACACGAAUCAUCAUUGAUCCAAAAAGGUCCAGAUAUCUUGUAAGGUCCCUUCCUGGUACAGGUAUGAGGAUACUGCGCAGUCAGUAAAGACUUAUCUCUAGACAUGUCAACGCUCAUGCCACUGCAAAAUAG